AUGGACAGGCAAGUAUGUCUCCUGGCUGGGACGAAUUGCAGCGACAAAAAUUAUACUUUUACCCAAACUCCAGUACCUAUUCCGUACGUUACACAUCCAACUCCCACACACUUUCCUCCGGGAAACACAGACCCUCCUAAACACAUUCAUAUGGAACAAGAAAAAAGCGAGGGUGGCGGCAUCCGCGCUACACAAACCCUUCAGGCAAGGGGGUCUGGGGAUCCCACACCUAAACGCGGAUUACUCGGCAUCAAUUCUCAGCCCACUAAUCACAGCAUUCCAUCAGGACCCCCGGCCAGAAUGGCUCGUCAUUGAGUCCACUUACACAGAAGGACACGAUAUAACCACACUGGCAUGGAUACCGCACUCCCACAGACCCAAAUACAAAACUAUGCUACCAACAACUAGGUUAUCCUUGUCCAUAUGGGAUAAACACCAAACCAAAUCCUGGCCGUCAGCGCACCCGUCGCCGGCUAUGAAGCUACAGGCCCUUACAACACUCAUACCCUACUUUAAUGCAAAAAUGUGGACCUCCCAUGGCGUGACAUACCUCCACCAGUUACUCGAUAAAGGCAACCUGAUCUCGUUUGUGCGCCUACAAACCGAAUAUCAAGUACCGCAGUCACUACUUUUUUCUCACAUGCAGAUAAAAUCAUGGUUCCACAAAUACCGUCCCCCAAAGGCCCAACCUGAACAAUCCAUGCAACUGUCCACUGCUGAACAAAUGUGUCUGCAAACCAAACCGCCAACCAAACCUAUGUCUCAAUUAUACCACGAAAUCAUCCGCAAGGCAUAUCUCACAAAACCCUCGUUUAUCGCAGCCUGGGAACUAGACCUAAAUAUGAAACUAACCGACACACAGUGGCUCCACAUAUUCUCAGCUAAUAAACAUUUAACGAUGUGUGCCUCACACGUAGAAAUAUCCAGGAAGAUAAUAUAUCGAUGGCACAUUGUCCCAACCAAGUUAAAACACAUAAACACCCAGUCCACAGGUAAAUUUUGGAGAUGUAUGGACCAACCAGGAACCACAUACCACAUCUGGUGGUCAUGCCCAAAAAUUGUACUGUUUUGGGAACAAAUCUCCAAACUGAUAAAAACCACCACAAAGGUAGUUAUGCCGCCUCAGCCUGUACUAUACCUACUACAACUGUUCCCUCCCAACAUAGUAAAAUCUGUUAAAUAUCUCACGUACCAUAUCCUGAUAGCGGCGCUACAACUAAUAGGUAGGAACUGGUUGUCGGUACACACCCCGCAACUGUCAGCAUGCAUCAAAAUCAUAGAAUCAACCAAACGGUAUAAAACCAUAGCCAGGAAAACGAGACCUGCAAAAAAAUUUUGGGUAGCGGCCUGGGAGAUGUGGGAUACAUACAUAGUCGAGUCACCCCCAAACAGUAAUAAACAUGAGUGA